AUGCUCGAGCGGCAUACAAGCUUUACUGUUGCAUCUGGAGGAUCAACACCGGUUUAUAUGACUCCUGGGACUCAAUUGGAUCGGGAGACGGUAGACGCUCUCUCAGGCAUCAUCGCUUCCAGUUGCCAACAGCAUCGGGACCUGAGGAAGGAAGAACAAGCCAGAUCUCAGAAGGACCGGGAAGCCAACUAUUGGGAGGAUCGGGUUGAGGAGUGGCGACUUACGGGAACACUGCUCGUUGGAUUGACGGUGUGUGCUAGCUUGAUCACCGUGGCUACCGAUCGGAGCAACAAUUCUCUGAGACGGGAGAUUAAGGAACUUCGAUCGGAAAUGAAAGACAUGAAUGCGGUACCUACUGUCACGUGUGAGGUCGGCGCAGGCUCUCAGAGUGAACAGCCUGAUGGUACUCUCAUUCGAGUUGAUCUCGCAGAUUCAUACGCAGACAAAGAUGAUGCCAAGGAUGAUUCCAACGGAGUCUGCUCAGCGUUCGCUUUCAUUCCUUUCGAAGAAGCGUAA